AUGUCUCUCGAACUGUACCCUCCCGAGCUGGGCUUCAAACGCCCAUUCACCCGCGAGGUCUGCGAGGUGCUUUCCUUGCGCAACACCAACUCCGACCCUGUCGUCUUCAAGGUCAAAACCACCGCUCCCAAGCAGUACUGCGUUCGCCCCAACUCCGGCCGUAUCGAGCCUGGUAAACAAGUUGAAGUUCAAGUCCUUCUUCAGUCGAUGAAGGAUGAGCCGGCCCCCGGUGCCAAGUGCAAGGACAAGUUCCUUGUUCAGUCAGUUAAAGUCACCGGUGACAUGUCCUACGGGAAUGUGUCCUCAGUUUUCGAUAACACUCCCAAGACCUCAGUGGUUGAGCGCAAGCUCCGCGUGAGCUGGUUGGAGGCGGACUCACCUGGCGCGGAAAUCCCCGCUACCCAUGAAUUUGUUGACGAGGAGCCCCCUACCUCCUACUCGUCGUCUCCGUUUGUAAACUAUGAAACCCCGGCCCCCGGUCACGCAAAGAACAUCUCUGCCAACCAUGCAACCCCCAUCGCUAAGCCUGAGUUUUUGGAGUCCGUUAAGUCCGAAGUUGAUGAGAAAGAGGAUCUUUACAAAACCAAGGCUGUCGUUGAUAAUACUCCCGUUGAGGAAGAUGUCGAAGAAAAGCUUCGCGUGGCCAAUGCGGAACUCAAACGCCUGCAUGACCGUCUGGACGAAUACGGACUGCGUCAACGCAAGGAUACCAGCAAGGCUGCCACUACCGAGACCAAGUCCUCCCCAACUGUCAUUCAGCAGGGCAAUGCCGAGUCGGGUGUGCCUGUCCAGAUUGUGGCUGGCCUGUGCCUGCUCAGCUUUUUGAUCGCAUACUUCUUCUUCUAG